GAGCCUGAAAGCGGAGGACGAAGAGCCGGAGCCGACAAAACCAGCCAACAAGCAGCCAUCUGGAGCCGCAACAAACCGCACCGACAGCCGCCUUUCCUAUCCGCCGUGCGUCGCUCGGAGGAUUUACGCGCAGCUUGAUGGUUUCCCUCCGCUGUUUAUCGAAGUUUCCGACUGUCACGCUUUAGUUACGGACCUUUUAUCUCGACCGUCGGUGGAAGUAAUCGUUCUAAUUCAAGGGCUGAAUAAUCGGUUCGCUUACUUUGUGUGUGCAGCUGUGUUUUUUGGAGACAUUUCCUAACGGAGCGGUGCUAAAUUCGCCUUCAGCAUGGGGAAAUAGCUCCGUAUCUGAGCCCGUAGUUUUUCUUUUCUUUUUUUUUCUCUCUCACUCUUUUUAUGAUCAUUUUUGAAAGACAGAGCUUCUGAGUGAAAAAUAAUGAGCAUGGACGGUUGCCCGUUGAAGGUGGUGAUUUUUCUGUGGUGUCUGCUGGUUAUUUCUGGCUCCAGCUUCGAGAUCGGCUCCUACGACCUGGAGCGAGGCAGACCGGCCAAGUGCGAGCCCAUCGUGAUCCCCAUGUGCGAGGGGAUCGGCUACAACCUGACCCGCAUGCCCAACUUCAUGGACCACGACGACCAGAAGGAGGCUGCCAUCAAGCUCAACGAGUUCGCCCCUCUGGUCGCUUACGGCUGCGACGUGCACCUCCGCUUCUUCCUCUGCUCCCUCUACGCCCCCAUGUGCACGGACAAAGUGUCGACCUCCAUCCCCGCCUGCAGACCCAUGUGCGAGCAGGCCAGGGAGAGGUGUGCCCCCAUCAUGAAGAAGUUCAGCUACACUUGGCCUGACUCGCUCGACUGCUCCAAGCUGCCCACCAGGAACGACCCCAACGCCUUGUGCAUGGAGGCCCCCGAGAACGAGACCAGGGCCGAGGGGAAGAAGGGGGAGGGCAUGCUCCCGGUGCCCCCUCGGCCACGGCAGCCGGGCACCAACACUGGCAGGUCGCCAGGCAGCAUGGGCUCCUGCGAGAACCCGGACAAGUUCCAGUUUGUGGAGAAGAGUCAGUCCUGCGCCCCUCGCUGCUCCCCAGCCGUGGACGUCUUCUGGUCCAGGCAGGACAAAGACUUUGCCUUCAUUUGGAUGACAGUGUGGUCCAUCCUGUGCUUCGUCUCCACAGCCUUCACAGUCUUGACCUUCCUCCUGGAGCCUCAUCGCUUCCAGUACCCUGAGCGCCCCAUCAUUUUCCUCUCCAUGUGCUACAACGUCUACUCCGUGGCCUUCAUCAUCCGCUCAGUGGCCGGGGCCGAGAACAUCGCCUGCGAUCGCGAGCACGGAGAGCUGUACAUCAUCCAGGAGGGGCUGGAGUCCACCGGCUGCACCAUCGUCUUCCUCAUCCUCUACUACUUUGGCAUGGCCUCCUCCAUCUGGUGGGUCAUCCUCACCCUCACCUGGUUCCUGGCUGCAGGGAAGAAGUGGGGUCACGAGGCUAUUGAAGCCCACAGCAACUACUUCCACAUGGCUGCUUGGGGCAUCCCUGCUCUCAAGACUAUCAUCAUCCUCACGAUGAGGAAGGUGGCGGGAGAUGAGCUGACGGGGCUGUGCUAUGUAGGGAGCAUGGACUCUGGGGCGCUCACCGGCUUCGUCCUCAUCCCUCUGUCCUGCUACCUGAUCAUCGGCACCUCCUUCAUCCUCACGGGCUUCGUGGCCCUCUUCCACAUCCGCAAAGUGAUGAAGACGGAAGGCACCAACACGGAGAAGCUGGAGAAGCUCAUGGUGAAAAUCGGCAUCUACUCCAUCCUCUACACGGUGCCGGCCACCUGCGUCAUAGUGUGCUACUUCUACGAGAGGCUCAACAUGGACUACUGGAAGCUGAGGGGGCUGCAGAUGAAGUGCGGAUCUUUCAACGGCCACAGCAGCGACUGCUCGCUGCAGACGUCGGUGCCAACAGUGGCCGUGUUCAUGCUGAAGAUCUUCAUGUCGCUGGUGGUGGGCAUCACCAGCGGGGUGUGGGUGUGGAGCUCUAAGACCCUGCAGACCUGGCAGGGCCUGUGCAGCAGGAAGCUGGCGGACAGGACUAGUAGUAGGAAACCGUGCAGCGGCGUCAGCUGCGGCAGCACGCACUGCCACUACAAAUCUCCUGCUGUGGUUCUGCACAUGGCCAAGACUGACCUGCACUCAGACAACCCCACACAUGUCUGAGAGGGAACACACACACACACACAGAUACACACCUAUGCCCUGUGUAAGGAGCUGCUAAAAGACUUUAUAAGAAGAUGAGUGUUUGAAUUGAACUGUCAGUUACUUCUCUGCUGCUGCCAAGGGACACACAGGUACAGGCGUCACUAUGGGAAACUAUCUAUAAACAGUAUUCAGUGCAUAAAGGGAAAUGUUCAGUAUUGUUACCCUUAUUUUCCUGUUCAUAGUGUUCUGUGCAGUAGACAUGCCCAGUGUUGCAAAGCAAAAAAAAAAAAGAAAGAAAAAGAAAAAGACUGUUAUGGGAGGUAUCUUGGGAAAUAUUAGUCUACUCUCCUCCCUUCAAGUGGCAUGAUUAACUGUAUAGAUCUGUAUAAAUGUUUUAUUUAUUGUAAAUAUAUUUAAUUUAAAGUUCACCUUGGCUCUUACCGGAUUUGUUGUUUAGAUACAUUUAUUAAAGGUCAAGGAAAAUUAAGUGCCUUUUAUAAGAACUCUGGUUUUGGCCUUUUGGAGGAUAAUAAAUUUGUGGAAUUCAUGUUCAA